AUGCACGUUUGGACGUGUUUGAAAUUUGGAAAAUCAGCGGGAAAACGGUGGAUUUGCAGUAGCAAACGGAUCGUUUCGUUUGAAACGAUUGGAAAUGCAGAUAUCGGCAAGAAAGUGCUGUUAUCUGGGUGGUUUGUGCCAUAUCAGCGGAAACUUAGUCACCAUAUACAAUUUUAUGGGUUACGGGAUGUAUGUGGAAGAAUAGUGCAGCUUGUUCUACGUAAUGGAUCAGAAGAACUUGUUAAACAGGUUGAAAAGAUUCCAGCAGAAAGUGUUAUUGAAGUAGAAGCAACUGUGCAAUUACGGCCAGAAAAAGAUUGUCAUCAAGGGGAGAUAAUGGAGUUUGAUAUAGAAAAAAUUAAAGUGGUGAAUGUUGCAAGGACAGUAGCGUUUUUGCCAUCGUUUGCAAGGUCGGUUAAUGGGGUUGUGCGGGCAAGAUAUCGUUAUUUGGAUCUUAGGAAUCCUUUGAACCAUAGUGCACUACGAUUGCGUUCGAAUGUUUCAAAACAAGUUAGGGAUUUUUUCCAUGAACGGGGAUUUCUUGAGAUUGAAACGCCUCUUUUAUUUAAAUCAACGCCGGAAGGGGCUCGGGAAUUUAUAGUUCCAACACGACAACAUGGGUAUGCGUAUGCACUCCCACAGUCACCACAGCAAUACAAACAAAUAUUAAUGGCUAGUGGUAUAGGGAAGUAUUAUCAGCUUGCAAAAUGUUUUAGGGAUGAAGAUUUGAGGAAAGAUCGGCAACCAGAAUUUACACAGCUAGAUUUGGAAAUGUCGUUUGUAACUCAAGAAGAUAUAUAUUUGAUUAUUGAGGAUCUCUUAAAUGAUUUAUGGAAAGUGCAUCUUGGGGUUGAUCUUGUACUUCCGUUUAAAAAAAUGACAUACCAAACAGCUAUGUCUAAAUAUGGUUCUGAUAAACCGGAUUUGAGAUAUGGUCUUGAAAUAUGUGAUCUAUCGUCUUUUAUAAUGCCUAUUUCUUUAGAAUAUCCAGUUAUCGAAGCGAUUGUUGUUAAAAAUGGAUCAGUUAUCUCGACUAGUAAGCUUCAAGCGAUUUGUAAAAAAAUAUCAACACCCAAUCAGCCGGUUGUUGUUGUUAGUCUUCGUUCAUUGGAGAAAUUGGAAAAUUGGGUUUCUGAAACUCCGUUUGUUUUAACAUCGAAUAUAUCUGAUAUGAAAUAUCUAAAUGAUUAUCUAAAACUUGAUCUGAAUGAUGCUAUUUUUCUAUCAUCGCGACCAUCAAAAUAUUUAGGCAAUACAACACAAUUGGGGAAUGUUCGGCAGCUAUUGUACCAUGAAUGUGUUAAACAUAAGCUUAUGCCUUCUCUUUCUGAAAAACAUUUCGAAUUUGUUUGGAUUAAUGAAUUCCCUCUUUUUACAUAUGAUGAAGACGAGUCAAAACAAGAUGGAACAUUCAUACUUAAAUCUACACACCAUCCAUUUACCAGCCCUCUUGAUGAUGAUAUUCAUCUUCUUGAAAAAAAUCCAGAAUCUGUACGAGCUAAUCAUUAUGAUAUUGUUGUUAAUGGUAUAGAAAUUGGUGGGGGAAGUAUUAGAAUUCACGAUGUAAUUUUACAGAAGCAUAUUUUACAAGAUAUUCUUAAGAUACCUCAAUAUAAAAUCAAUCAGUUUUCGCAUCUCUUUGAAAUUUUAUCAAGUGGAUGCCCCCCUCAUGGAGGUAUUGCUCUUGGAUUUGAUCGCCUAGUUGCUAUUUUAUUUGGAACAAAUUCUAUUCGAGAUGUUAUUGCAUUUCCUAAAACAAAUUCAGGUAUAGAUCCAGUUGUAGAAAGUCCUGGAGAAAUAUCUGAGGAUGUUUUAAAACAGUAUUAUCUUUGUCGAUUAAAAUAA